CUUCCUUCAGAGUAGAGUUGCCUCCAGUGAGGUUGUGUCCCCUUUUUAAUAAAAAAAUAGGUCACACAACCCACCGCUAUAACCGUGAAUUAACUCUCCGUGUAAAUAUAAAAAAAAAAUAAAAAAAAAUUUAAAAAAAUUACAAAAAAUCAACCAAAAAAAUCGUAAAACGUGACUAAGAAAAUCAGUGGAAAGUGUGAGAAGAGCAAGCAUCGUCAAUAAGAUCUAAAGCGAAUAGAGGAAGAUUGGAUUGAAAAGACACAGCUUGGAGAAAAAAAAGUAACGCAGUCGGAAACGUUUAAUAUUCCCUAAAACGUAUCCUCGAGUAGAUAUUAUCAAGAAAUAACAGAAAACAAACAACGUAAAAAAAAAAACAGAAAAACAAUCGAAACAAGUUAAACUCCUCCCCCCAAAAAAAAGGAAAAAUCAACAUAAGAUUACCAAUUAAGGUAAACUAAAAAAGAGAAAAAAGAGAAAACAAGAAAAAGAAAUCAAGAUGAAUCCUGGAGCGCCAAAUUACCCGAUGGCCUCGCUCUACGUGGGCGACCUUCACUCCGACAUCACCGAGGCUAUGCUGUUUGAAAAGUUUUCGUCGGCUGGACCUGUACUUUCCAUCCGCGUGUGUCGUGACGCCGUCACCAGACGUUCCCUCGGAUACGCCUACGUCAACUUCCAGCAGCCCGCUGAUGCGGAAAGGGCUCUUGAUACCAUGAAUUUUGACAUGAUCAAAGGACGGCCGAUCCGUAUAAUGUGGUCGCAACGUGAUCCAUCGCUCAGGCGAUCUGGCGUUGGAAACGUAUUCAUUAAAAACUUGGAUAAAAAUAUUGACAAUAAAGCCAUGUACGAUACAUUCUCGGCUUUUGGCAAUAUUUUGAGCUGUAAGGUCGCCCAAGACGAGACAGGUGCGUCCAAGGGCUAUGGCUUUGUGCAUUUUGAAACCGAAGAGGCUGCCAACAAAUCAAUUGACAAGGUCAACGGAAUGUUACUGAAUGGUAAAAAGGUUUAUGUUGGCAAAUUCGUUUCCCGCAAGGAACGUGAAAAGGAACUUGGCGAAAAGGCCAAGCUUUUCACAAACGUUUAUGUGAAGAACUUUGGCGAAGAUAUGACGGAUGAAAAGCUCAAGGAAAUCUUCGAGAAGUAUGGUACCAUCACGAGCCAUAAGGUGAUGAGCAAAGACGACGGAAAAUCACGGGGUUUCGGCUUCGUUGCUUUUGAAGACCCGGUCGCUGCUGACCACGCUGUAGCCGAGCUUAACGGCAAGGAUCUUGGGGAUGGCAAAAUUCUCUUUGUCGGUCGAGCACAGAAGAAGGCUGAACGCCAGCAGGAGCUGAAGCGCAAAUUCGAGCAGCUUAAGAUAGAAAGGCUAAGUAGGUACCAGGGAGUCAACCUCUACGUCAAAAAUCUUGACGACACGAUCGAUGAUGAACGUCUGCGAAAGGAGUUUGCUCCAUUCGGAACAAUUACAUCGGUCAAAGUUAUGAUGGAGGAUGGACGCAGCAAAGGCUUUGGUUUCGUUUGCUUCUCGCUACCCGAGGAGGCGACCAAGGCCGUGACCGAGAUGAACGGCCGAAUCGUUGGCUCAAAGCCACUCUACGUGGCACUGGCUCAGCGUAAAGAGGAUCGUAAGGCCCACCUUGCCUCUCAAUACCUGCAACGCGUCGCCAACCUCCGCAUGCAACACAUGGGCCAGGUCUUCCAGACCGGUGGUGCCAGCACUGGCUACUUUGUGCCCACCCUACCUCAGCCCCAGCGAUUCUAUGGACCGGCUCAGAUGGCUCAGAUUAGAACCACUCCGCGCUGGCCUGCCCAGCCCGUGCGACCCAACGCUCAAGCAGGCAACACCGGCUUCACCACCAUGCAGACCCAGUUCCGUACUGCCCCGCGCGCUCCAUCUGCCCAAGCCAAUGCCAUGCGCAAUCCCAUCUCCGCCAGACCCAUCACAGGUCAACAAACUGUGCCAGGAGCAACUAACAUGCAAAAUCGCUCAAUGGCAGGUCCAGCUGUCGGCGUCAAUCCCCAAGGUCGACCAUCAAAUUACAAGUACACACCUAACAUGCGCAAUCCACCUCCGGUGAUGGCCAUGACUCCUGUCCAGGCUCCAACACAGCAAGCCGUGCACAUCCAAGGCCAGGAGCCACUGACCGCAUCCAUGUUAGCCGCCGCUCAGCCCCAAGAACAGAAGCAGAUGCUGGGUGAACGUCUCUUCCCGCUUAUCCAGUGCAUGUAUCCCAAUCUCACUGGAAAGAUCACCGGUAUGUUGCUGGAGAUCGACAACAGCGAGCUUCUGCACAUGUUGGAGCACGGGGAGAGUCUGAAGGCCAAAGUUGAGGAGGCCGUGGCUGUGCUCCAGGCCCAUCAGGCCAAACAGGCUGUUGCCAGCAAGAAGGAGUAAAUUACUCUCCUUGUUGAUUAUUACGAUCGUCUUUCUUUCUUUUGUUACAUUCGACUUUGUCCUUUUUUUUCAAUUAUGACGUUCGCGGUAAUUUCCGUGUUUUAUUUUUCUUUUUACAAGCUAAUUUGAGUAUGUUUAAAUCAGUGUACUAUCGUUGAGUUGACUUUAUAUGGAAACUAUCGCUCAAUCAUCUCUUUUCUUAUUUGUUAAAAUCACUUAGAUCAGCAACUUGAAAAAUGCAACCGAAAAAAUAUUAAAUGCACGGCGUUAUCCUCAGUUAUCAAAAACAAAGAUUUAACAAAUAAGUGAAAGACAAACUGCGAGUGAUGUAAUUUUCCUUUCAUGAUUCUUUGAUUCGAAUUUACUCGACUUUGCUUGUAAAAACAAAAGAAAGAUGGAAAUAACCAUCCAAGAUAAUCAUCGUUCGGUGUUACUUUUAAUCAAUUUUUUUUUCAUUUUCCUUUGAAAUUUAUCUUUUAUGAAUCAAGAAGAAUCUAUAUUUGUGAAAACUUCGAAAAGUAUAUUUGUUCAAUAAGUUACAAUAAAAAACAGUAAACAAUAA